UUCAAAUUCUCCGUGUAUUAAAUCUUUUCAUUCGUCAAAUUCCCAGUUAUUAUUCGCGCUUCGACUCGAACAAAUUUUUCGUUUAAAUAAUAUAUAAUAUUUCAAUCGAAUUUCCAAAUUCUUCGUUUAUCAAUAAUUUAUCAUCGUAAAAUCGUAAAAAUCGCGCAACGAUGCCCUGCGACGGAAAAAACAAGUCUUGCCAGCAACGCCGACAGCUGCUGAACCAGCUGAAGUGCCUCAUCACCACCAUGGAAAGAAAAAAACCCUGCGAGUGGGACGAGCAGCCGUGCGAGCCCGCGCCCAAGUGCCCGCCUCCCCCGUGCUGUCCACCUCCGCCGCCAUCCUGCAAGGCCGUUUGCCGGGUGACCUGCACCCCGAGCUGCAAGCAAACCAUCUGCACGCCGCCCUGCCCACCGCUGUGUCCACCGCCUUGUCCGCCGCCUUGUCCGCCGCGCUGUCCACCACCCUGUCCGACGCCGUGUCCGCCGCCCGCCUGCAAGAUGGUCUGCCAGCUCCAGUGUCCCAAGCCGUGUCCGCCACCGCCGUGCGGCGGUAAGAAACCCUCUUGCCAGCCACCGCCGCCGCCGUGUCCGCCACCCUGCGAGUGGGUCUGCCAGAUGCAGUGCCCACCUCCGCCUUGUCCACCGCCCUGCCCGCCGCCCUGCAAGAUGGUCUGCGAGGUGCCCUGCCCGAAGCCUUGUCCACCGCCUUGUCCGCCGCCCUGUCCACCGCCGCCGUCUUGCCAGAUGGUCUGCCAGGUGCAGUGCCCGAAGCCGUGUCCACCGCCGGCCUGCCCGCCGACCUGUCCACCCUACAAGAUGGUCUGCGAGGUGCCGUGCUCGAAGCCCUGCCCUCCGCCGCCGUGUCCCGCUCCUUGCAAGCCUGCGUCGCCCUGUCCGCCGCCCCAGAAGUGUCAGAGAGGCAAGCCCGUCUGUCAGCCGAGGACGUGUUACUCCGUGGUCACACCUGAUAACAAGACGAAAAUGGUCUGCUGCGCACCUUUGAAGCGCUGCACGAGCUUCGAGCUGCGCGCCAGCAUAAUGAACAAAUGCCAGUGCAUCCGAAGAAACGGCCUGCAAGACAAAUGCACCAUGUCGGACUGCAUGGGCUAUCCCGAGUGCAUGACCAAGCUCUUCCCGAUCUGCGAUCCCGGACAAUGCGCUCUGCUGAAGCUCUGUUAUUUAGGAGGCUCCUAA